AUGUCCGCGCGAACUUUACGUGCAAUUAAGCUAUUGCUCGGACCAAAAUUUCACGUGGACACAAACAAAGCUUUAACAGCAAUCCUAUUUUUGAGGAAUGGUAAUGGAAAUGGAAUAACGCGUCGUAAUAGUUUAGAUUCAACAAGUAAAUGGCACUACACAACCGAAGUCUUACCAAAAGACAACGUUAAUGCUGCCGUCACCGCUGUCCCUCUACCGAUUUUUAACUCACCAACUAAACAAAUUACUACUACUGGUGCUUCCCCAUCUCUUGAUGGUACGUCCGUUGAUACCGUUUCCUCCCCUGCGAAAGAAGUUGAUCUUGCGAUAGUCGAAAUGAACAAAGAACUCUUAAGAUUGACGAAAUGGGGGAAUUUGGGAGAGAUAUAUAAUCAUUGCCAAGAUAUGAAAAAUCGAGGGAUAAAACCAAAUACGAAGACUUAUAAUCUUUUACUUCAAGUAUAUCACCGUGAGGGUUUAUUCAACGAAUGUAUACAAUUACUCCAUGAAAUGAUUAAUCAUGGGAUUCCACCUGAUUUGGAAACUUUUGAUUACGUGUUAUUGUCUACAUCCUUUGAACUAACAGGCAUAUAUCGUGAAUAUGUAUGGAGCCUCCUUGAAAAACACGAUCUAAGACCGUCUUCUCUUACUUAUGAACAUUACCUUGAAAGCUUCUUAAUUGUAGAAGAAUUGGAACAUGCUAUUGAUGUUCUCGAUGAAUUACUUGAAAAAAAGAUUUUUCCCACCGCUAGAACUUUUUGGCAAGUUACAAAGUUAGCAAUUGCAUUAAAUGAAGUUGAUUUGGCAUUCGAUACAUUGCUUAAAUUUGAAAAACAAUACCCACAUGUAUUGCCAACAAUAUAUAUGGAAACUUUGAGAUGUGCUUCAAUUCAUUUUCAUCUUGAAGGUAUUCUUCAUUGUUGGAAAAAAAUAGUAGACGAUGCUAAAAUGGUCCCCGAUCAAGGAAUAUGCCUCAACAUUAUUAAUUCGGCAGCUAGAUUUGGAAACCCUGAUUUAGCCAAAAGAGUCAUCAAAUUACUUGUAGCAAACCGAGUUAAAAUUGAAGAACAACAUUUUGCCGCGCUUUUGGCGUCAUAUGUUGUUGCCGGUGAUUUGAAACGUGCUUUCAACGUGUUAGAACUGGCACGCGCCUCUGGGGCUGAACCAGACUAUGUGACAGCGUUGCCAAUUACCGAUCUCAUCAAAACCGAUGUCGAAAAAAUCGACGAUGCAUAUUAUACUCUAGAGGAGCUUCAUUCAAAAGGUAGAAAAGUAGAUGUAUCAGCCUUGAAUGCAAUAAUUAGAGCUUGUCGCUUUGUCAUCUACAACAAAGAGACUGGCUUGCGCGAAGCUGAUAUACACAGAGCAGUAGAGACUUAUAAUCAAGCCGAAAAACUUGAUAUAACACCAAACGUUCAAACCUUUGAAAUGCUUAUUGAGUGUUGCCUUUCUAUAAAACAUCGACUUCUCGGUCAACAAUUCAUGGAAGAAAUGCGUAGUCAAGGUAUUAGUCCUACACCUAAAAUAUACGCUAACAUGAUUCAACUAGUGUGCACCGACACAGAUUACGAGGAUGCAUUCGCUUUACUCGAAGAAAUGAAAUCGCGCGAUAUUUUACCGCCAAGAACUGCUUACGAAGCAAUUGUUAGAAAAUGUGCAUUACAUCGGGAUCCCAGAGCCAAUAUUGCUUUGGAGGAGAUGCAAACUGUUGGUUACGCAACCUCGACAACUCUAAUUAAUUUUGUCAGAACAGGAAUCAUCCCAAAUACAAAUGUUUUAAAUUAUAUGAGGAAAGAAACAGCAGCAUUCGAGGGUAGAAAUCGAAAACCCAAUAUGUCCGCGGAUCCGGAGUUAGACAUGCUUCAAGCAGCGCUUGAUAAUUUGGACGGAGAUAAUUCCAAUUUUAAUAUUCCAAAUCUCAAUCAACAAGACAAUUAUAAUUCUAAUAAUUAA